GUCCCUCCCUCGCGAAUGUAUCUAUUUCAGCCGCGCGAGCGCUAAAAGGCUCGCCGAGGAGGAGGAGGGAGGCGUUUGCCCGGCUGCUGUUUCGGCGAGCGGGCGGCUUCUUGGCGCCGCCAGUCCCCUCGGAAGAGCGAGCGAGGCCAAGCGCGGAGCCGUCUCGGGUCCCAUGGAGGCUUUCCACCCCGCCAAGCUGGACCACCACCACCACCACCCGCCCGUGGAGUUUUUGCCCGGGGGCGCCCGCUACAGCGCCAAGAGCCACGGCGCCUACGGGAACGCCUUCAACUCGUGGAACGACUACCUGGGUCUGGCCACGCUGGUCACCAAGGCCGUGAGCCAGCAGGAGAAGGGCUUCCGCGGGGGGGCCUCGUCGGUGGUGGUGGCGGCCACCGUGCAGCAGGUGGAGGAGGACGACGAAGAGGACGAGGACGACGACGACGAGGAGGAGGAGGAAGACGACGAGGAGGAAGGCGGCGGCGGCGGCGGCGGCGCGCCUUAUUUCGAGAGCGCCCUGGAUUUGCGCGACUUCGACUUGUGCAGCCACCACCACCACCACCUGAGUCCCGGCGAGAGCCUGCUGGAGGAGCGCUUCGCCGACUUCAGCCCCUUCUCGGGCCGAGCCAGCCCGGCCUCGUCGGUCGUCUUCAGCUGCUCUUCCGACCCGCUGGAGAAAGAUCGCUCGGCGGCGCACGCCUGGCCCGGCGGCGGCGGUGGCCGCCUGGUGGUGGACGGCCGGCUGCACCCGGCGUCGGCGCCCAAGACGGGCUCUCGGCUGCUCAAGCCCGAGCUGCAAGUGUGCGUCUUCUGCCGGAAUAACAAGGAAGCCGUGGCGCUCUACACCACGCACAUCCUCAAGGGCCCCGACGGCCGGGUCUUGUGCCCGGUGCUGCGCAGAUACACGUGCCCGCUGUGCGGGGCGAGCGGGGACAACGCGCACACCAUCAAGUACUGCCCCUUGUCCAAAAUCCACGGCGGCGGCGGCAGCGCCCCCAAACAGCCGCUCAAAAGCGCCCGCCACAUCCUGGGCAAGAAGCUCCGCUAAGGGGCGCUGCCCGCGCGGGUCCAAACACAAACAACCCAUCUUUUUUUCCUUGCGCGUGUGUGCCCUCUACAGGACAAAGACAUUUCUUCGGAUUUUUUUUUUUAAAUAAUGUUCUUUAAUCGAAUGAUGUCCCCCUUCUUAAUAUAUUUAAACACGGAGACGGUAGAAUGUACAGAGAAAUGUUCUUGAUCUAUGUAUCAGAUAAUCGAAGUAUAGGUUCUAGUUUGUAUACUUAGUAGCCGGGGACGCCGGCCUAUGAAUUAACUCUUAAGAAUUAUAACAUGCCGUUUAGAGGUACUGUAUUUGUUUAUUGUAAGAAUAUAUCUAAUUUUUAAAUGGAAUUAAGGAUAUCAUUUAUAAGUGUGCUCCCAACUGAUGUAGCUAUCUUUAAUAUUAAUUCUUGGCUGGGAAGGGAGCACUCUUUUUUUUUUAAUUAAAAAAAAUCACUCUUAACAGCUUCAGAGGAGCUAACCAGCAUAUGAACUAUGGUGACAUUAACCCCAGUGAAGGUUAUUGGGGUUUUCUAGGUGUGCAUUUAAACUGGUGGUCCCCACCUUGGUGAAGAAGGGCUGAAAUGGUACUGAUGAAUUCUUUGUAUUGGACUGGCAAAUUUGUUCCUAUUGAUGUCUUCACUGUUUUACAAGCAAUACUUGGUUGUAGAAGUUGGAGCCAGGGGUUACAGGCUAUGUAUGUCUGAGAGAUUUCUUGUGGUCUAGAACCACUUUGCGUUGAACUUUCUCCCCUCCUGAGUCAAACUUCAUAUUUUCAGUGCAAUGUUCUUCGUUUGCCAUUCCAAAAUUGAAUGCUUAAUCUACUUUGGCCCCUUUUUUGUUUCUUUAAAUGCCGUUUAUUUCCCUGUAGCCCAGCUAGGGUGACUUGGUUGAUCUUUAUGAAGUGUGGAAGUAAAGGUGUCUGAGAGACUGGAUUUCACAGCCUGUUCUUUCCUCUUGACUCUUCUCCCUUCCACCCACUAGGCUAACUUGAGCCUCCCAAAUUCAAACCAAUGAUUCUGGGGCACAACACUGAGCAGAAAGGCUAGAUAAUGUGCUUUAAUUUUACCAUAGAUCCAUAUAAAAGCAAGGAACCAUUCUAAUCCACUUCAGCUGGCUUUCAGGUGACCAGGCUUCCCCUUAAGGUCAUGUAGCAAAAAGAGGUCAACAGCAACAGUCAUGACACUUUCUACCCCAAACUAAAAAAAAGAUUACAAUUAAUAAAUUGGGAGAGGAGAAAAUGAAGGGUGGUUAUUGUUCAUGCAUAAAUACUAAACAUUUAAAGACACGCUUCCUAGAAAGUUGCAUAGACUUUCAAGCACAUAAAGCAAGCUUGUAAUAGCCCAAACAAGACUGGGGAAAGAAUUGUAAUGGUGAGGAAUUGGUGUGACUCAUGGUCUCUCACUUACCAGCCAUCCCUGAAAGGUAAAAUGAUCCAAAUAUAAUUUGGAGGGAGUAAGCCUGACUCUGGUUUCCUGAUACUUGCAAAUAAGAGCAACAAAGUUUUUGUUUUAAAACUUCCUAAUGUCUAAGACUUUCCUGUUGUUAGUACAAGGGGGUAAAAAAAAAAACACCCCGCAGCUUUUAAGUAUUUAGUUAAUACUUGCAGGUCCUUCACGGGCCUCCUAGUAGGUCUGUUUCCUAUUAUUUUAGUUCUCCCAAUGUUUACAAUGUUGUACAGCAUCAUGUCUAAACAGCAUGUGUAUUUUAUUUUAAGAAACCUAUGUGCUGCUAUUCAGAUGAAUAUAGCAGUUCAACAAAUCCUCAAUAGGUUGCUACAAACCUGUCAGUUUAAAAUUGACACUAAAACCAGCAAGACUAUAUUCCAUCGCUGCCUAGCAGCAAAGCAUGAUGGUACCUUUAAACCACCUAUCCAGUACUCUGCCAGCAGUGAUGGAGUGACAGUGGAAGAAUUGUCUGCGUUCCUCUAUUUCUGGGUUUCUUUCUUUUUAAAUGCCUUUCAUUAUUAUUCCAGAGAGAUUUAUUUAGACGCAUGCAGAAACAUGUCAGUUCCCCCUCCUGCUGGCUUGAGGGCAUGAGACAUGCAGAGCUUCUAAUCUCAGCUGCUUCCUGGCACGCCCCCUUCCUCAUGCUUUUUACAUGUUGGGCUGUAAGAGCCAUCCCUGUUGGAUAUCCCAGUGUCAAAUCUCCCUCUCCCAAAUUGACAUUCAGUCUCCAAAGUGUGUGAAAGGGAGGGGUAGAUGCAAUCUCUACUAUGAUCCCUGAAACCUUCUCCCAGAGUGUCAGACAGCAGCCUAAAACAGCAACGUCUGAGGGACAGCAUUUGCAGUGGAGCAUAGCUACGAAUCUCAUUUGGAAUGUCGAAAGACACUCUGAAAAGUUCUUAAAAUUUCUGCAGGAAGUGGGUUGUUUUUCCUGACAAGGCCCUGGCUGCAACAGGUGGAGAUGAAUCUAGGCACUGUAUAAAAUGGUAUUGAAAGCAGAGCCUCGUUUGAAGAUUUGGAGUGGCAGCGGAAACCCCACAAGAUGAUAGUCCCAGAGAUAAUUAGCUCCUAAGCUGUUUGCCCUGAUUGAAUGUGUCUGGAAGCCACGGUGUGCAGAACCUUCCAGAACACAUUUUCUGACAAAAUGGACAGCAACCUAGUUCUUGGUGUAUAGAUGAAUGCCUUUGUGGGCUUAAAAUUCUGUGCACACUCAAGCAACAUUCGAAGUACACUUGCAUGUUUUCUUAAAAGUUCACAGAGUCUGAUGAGGAUUCUAAAAUGUAUUGUAGGUCUGCCUUUAAAUUGAACAAGCCUAAUAUUUUCUGUUUUGCAGUGUGGAAUGUUUUGUUUUGUUUUGUUUUUAAAUGGAGAGGUGACAACUAAACAUGGGUUUAUUCCCUUGAAGAGAAAAUGCUAGGCUUUGAGUACUUUUUGCAAAAGCAACCAAGAUUAGAGGAUGUUGAAAGCUCACAGUAUGAGCUGGACUAAGGAAGUUAAAGGGGCCAGAGCAUGUGUAGGGCAAAUGCAAAAGGAGAGUGGGUUGCAUCUAGUUGUGUCUCCUUUUGAUGGAAGGCUCUUUGAUCCUGUAAAAGUUCCCAAGAGUCAAAGGAAGGGGUGGCAGUUGCCAAUUUUCCCUUAGUCCGCUGCCCCACCGACCACACAAAGGGUCUCACAGUGCUCUUGAGAAGAUUGGGAGAGGGGGCUGCAGAUGGGUGAAUAUCUGGAAAUUGCAAUGCUUUGCCCAUUUCCACUAGUAGAAGCCACUGGUAGAUCAGAAUCCUGUGUCAGCACCACUGCAUGCAAUGCAAAUUCAUUAACUUUCAUUUUGUUAAGCUGCUUUCUUGCCUUUUCCCACUUCCCAUAUUAUUUUACUUGAUGUAAGGUUCCAUUCACCUUUCAGAUCUAGGGAAUGAGUUGCUGUUUUUAAAAGGACUUUCCUACUUUAUGCAAAUAAGAAAUCCCAGAAGCUGUUUUAAAAAUACACUUGUUGAGGCAUGUGGUUGAGAGUAUUUGCACCUCUAAAAUAAUAGAUGCACUAGCAUGGGAUUAGAACCUAAGGGAAAAGGUGCUUUAAAAAAAAGAUGUAGUGUAGUCCUAAGCUGCGUUUGCAGGAAAAUAAGCCCCUUUAAAUUCAAGAGGGCUUACUCUCAUGUAGUGAUGCAUAGAAUUGUAGCUUUAGUAAAAGUGACACGGGGCUCUGGGCCUGCUGACCUGUGGAGGUCAAAUACAUUUGCCAGGGCUGGGGAAGCUGUUGCCCUUGGAUGUUGCUAGACUCCAUUGGGCCCAGCCAGCAGAGCCAAUGAUGAUGGAAGUUAUAGUCAAGAGCUGGAGGGCUGGUUUUCUAGCCAUGCAUUAAACAAACCAGCUUACAUUCUGGAGAAUUGGCAUAUGAAGACUUACGUUUUGUGGGGCAAGAAGAGACCAAGAAGACAGGGACUGAAGGAUGUGGCUAGUAGAACUUGCAAGCUGUGUUCUAGUUUGAAGAAAUUCCUGAUAAUUGUAUGCUGGGCAGGGGAAAUGCAACCUAGAAAUUUGCUUUAAGCAAAUUUAUUGCUCCUGCUUUGAGUUGACUCUUAACUAUCAUUCUGACUCGUAUGCAAAUACCUAAAGUAUCUAUUGUCAGUAAGAGUUGAAUGUGUAGUGUACCAUCAGAAUAAUUUUAUUCUGAAGAAAAUAAAAGUGGUUGCUACCAACACACCUAGUGGGAAGGUCCACAGGUCUUAAAAGGUUUUUUCCUAUAGCUACUGUGCUCUGACAAUGACUAUGAGGUCAAGUGGCUAUAGGAUGGUUGUUACAUUCAGCUGGUACUUCUGAGAACAUGUUUCUCCCUCUUGCAUUCCUUCUGGUUUUUGUGCCUUCUUUGGGGUUUUGUCACUUCGCAUUGAAACAUUGGAACUGUGCAUGGAUAUUUGACCAAUCUUUAGGAUAUGAGCAAAACACCAGAGUUCUCACUUGCAAGUUAAGAUGCUUGAGGAACCAUGCCAGUUGUACUACUACUGAUGUGUUUAUCUCAGCAAAAACUAUUAUUCAGCUACUAGACCCUUUCUGUGGCGAGUGUAUUAAAAGGUUGUAGAGAGAAGUAACCCAAUAUCUUGUAGGUUAUGCACUUCAUGGGCCAAAUCCAACACUGCUGCUUUGCUAAUGCAGUUAAUUCUGCGUGCAAUUGAGUGUCACUUCUUUUCCAGCCCUGUGUGCCCUCAAAACUAGCUCUGGACAGUUGGGGGUGGUCCAGAGCAGAUGGGGGAGAAGCACAGGAAAGAAGAAACUCAAGUCCCAUUGCACCAGCAGAACUGUGUACAUGGAGUACUGGAUAAAACCCUGAAACAAUUUCAGUGUCUAAAUAAAUGACAGUAUUAAGGACUACGUCUCAAGCUGCCGUUUUCAUUCCUAAGAAUUUCACCUGUUCUCUCUCUGUGUGUGUAACUGUAUGGUUUAAACUACAUUAAAUGUGCAUCAGGUCUGUGUACCUUCAAACAAGGCAAAGCCAGUGGUUCAGGACAGAUACACGUGAGCAGAUCAGGAAGUCCCCAACUUUUUUAGUAGCUUCAUUGUCCUUGUUCCCUCCCCCCUCCAAAAAAUAAUUAAAUGCGUGAGGUUUUUUUUUUCUCAUUUCUGAGUAGCAAAACCAGGCUGGAUUGGGGAAGGUGAUACUUCGUUUUGACAGACAGGUCUAGCAUUUAAUCAGUGAAUUAUUUUUGCAGCGCACUCCAGUCUAUUUUCUGAGUGUGAGAGCAGAGCAGAACCAGUAAACUAGAGGAAUUGUGUGGCCUGCUUUUUUUCUCAAGUGUUCUUUUUCCUAAAAAUUAAAAGUAAGCUUUUUUCUUC